UAUUCACGAACAGCUCUCUACGAACCGCCCCGCCGCCACCGCCGUCCGUCGCUCGUGAACCACGUAGCAGGUACCCGCCGUGACCGUUAUCAACGGUUAUCACCACUGCGUAGUCCACGUUCGUCCGACUUUCGAACUCCUCCAUCCACCAGUUCACACUUGGCUCUCGAAAGACGGACGACAGUCUCUUCAGAUUCGUGCCCGUUUCUAGACGUUUUGCUGACGUGCACUUCCGCCAUCGUUCAUACCGCCGACCCUUUCUCAAAAACGCUCAUCAUCAUGUCUUUUGAAGAAGCAGUUGAUAAAGUGAAGAACUUGAAUCAAACUCCCAGUGACAGCAAUUUGUUGGAACUCUACGCAUACUAUAAACAAGUGACGGUUGGUGAUGUAAACACAGCCAAACCUGGAUUUUUGGACUUCAAAGCAAAAGCCAAAUGGGAAGCAUGGAAUUCAAAGAAAGGCAUAAGCAGCGACGAGGCUAAAACAAAAUAUAUCGAAAUUGUCGAUAAGCUUGUUGAAGAUAUUGGCCUCAAAGCUUAAACCUUAUGGCUAAAUUUAAUGGUCAUUAAUCACACACAAUGCAACACACAAAAAUUUAUUUAUAAAGUUUACUUACUCUACUUAAUUUAAUAAGAAUUGUAAUUAUGAUUACAUCUCACUAUAUUUAUAUAGUAAAAUCGCCGAGCGUGUUUGGUUAUUAUUUUAAGGUGUGCUUCUAAGUCGCACAGAAAGACUAUUAUUGACUUUUAUGAUCAACUUUGUUAAUUUACAUCACAGUAAUAUUAUUGUUAAUUUAUCAACUUAAAUACUUAAAUAUUAUCAUUUAUGAACAAUGCUUAUUUAUUUACACAUCAUUAUAGAUAAAUAUCUAUAAAAUUAAAACUAUUCUCAAUAAUAUUAUAUUAUUUUUGUUAUUGGUUUAUAAUUUACACACACACAAAUAUAUAUAUAUUAUGUAUAUUUAAAAAAUUGUGCCUUAAAUUAAAAUAUUUUUUUUUUUAAUUAA